UGUUUGGUGAAUCGAAGGAGAUUGCCUCGGAAACAGCGUCAGCAUGAAUUUUCCAGUAAAGCCAAUCGACAGCUGGUCAAGCGGAAUCCGUCACUGGUCGUCUUCUGGUGGAACCGACAUUCGAAUCUCUUCACGCAACACUUUCACUCGAACUCCGUCGCUGGUCGUCUUCUGGUGGAACCGACCUUCGAAUCUCUUCACCCAACACUUCCACUCGAAAUGGAAGGCCGUCGUCUUCUGGUGGCACUGACCAUUGAAUCCCUUCACCCAACACUUUCACUCGAAAUUGAAGUAAGCUACCGUCGUCUUCUGGUGGAACCGACCUUCGAAUCUCUUCACCCAACACUUUCACUCGAAGUGGAAGUAAGCUCAAGUCGUCUUCUGGUGGAACCGACCGUCGAAUCGCUUCACUCAACACUUUCACUCGAAAUGGAAGUCAGCUCAAUGUCUUCUGAUGGAACCGACCUUCGAAUCUCUUCACCCAACAUUUCUACUCGAAAUGGAAGUAAUCCCAACAUUCUUCUGGUGGAACCGACCUUCGAAUCUCUUCACCCAACACUUUCACUCGGAAUGGAAGUAAGCUCAACAAUUAUAGCGUCAGCAUGA